AUGUCCCGCCCCAUCACAGUCGAAGACCCCUCCAAAUCCUCAUCCGAGCAACCCUCCAUGGUCGGCGCCCACGCCCGCUACGUCCAAGGCGCCGUCGCCUCCACGCUCGGCUACCAAUCCGGCGAACAAACCAAACAAGACGCCGUGCAAGACAUGAGAAAGGCAAACGAGAACAGAGGCACACCGCAGCAGAGUAGUAUUUUGGGAACGGUGGAAAAGGCCGCGGGAGAUUUGACGGGGUGUGAAGGGAUGUCGAAUGAGGGGGAGAGUAGGAAGCCGGGGACUGGGGUGGCGGGGGGUCAGACGGGAUAG